AAAUAUUAUAAAAAUUGGAAAGAGAGGGAAAAUGAAAAAUGAAAAAAAAAUUAAAAAAAAGAAAGAAAAAGAAAAAACAAAACAAAAACCAGGAAAAAAAGGACAGGCGUGAAAAGCUUCUCAGAUAAAACCCUUCGUAUGCUUGCUGCAUUUGGCCAUUUCUCUCUCUCUCUCUCUCUCUGUGUCUCCAGAGUCUAGAGAGAGAAAACAGAUGCAGAGAUAGAUAUGGGUCUAGGUCUGGUCUUAAGCUACUUUGAUAUUGUAAUGGUGUAAUGAACAAAGGUAUUAACGCCUUCUUCUCAGAAGAGAAUGGCUCUGAAAGAAGAGGCUCAAGAACUUCAAAACCCUUCAAUGGUCCUCGACGCUCUCUUCUGUGAAGAAGAAGGUUUUGGAGAGGACUUGGGAGGGAAUGGUAUUGAGGAUGAGAGUGACAACUGCUAUGAGAUUGUUGAGAAGCAGUCAUUUUGCCCUUUUGCUUUGCUAGAAAAUGACUUAUUCUGGGAAGAUCAUGAGCUUGCCUCUCUAAUCGCUAAAGAGGAACAGACCCGUGUCUGUUUCAACGAUUUGAGCUCGGAUGGUGCUUUAUUCAAGGCUCGGAAAGAAUCUGUGGACUGGAUUUUGACUGUUAAGGCGCACUAUGGGUUCUCUGCCUUGACCGCUGUUCUUGCCGUGAACUACUUUGAUAGAUUUGUUUCAAAAGUGCAAUUUCAGAGGGAUAAACCAUGGAUGAGUCAACUCGCUGCCGUAACUUGUCUAUCUCUAGCUGCCAAAGUGGAGGAGACCGAUGUGCCCCUUCUUUUGUACCUGCAAGUGGAGGAAUCAAGAUUUAUAUUUGAAGCGAAGACUAUCCAGAGAAUGGAGCUCCUAGUGCUAUCAACUCUAAAGUGGAGGAUGCAUCCGGUAACUCCAAUUUCAUUCUUUAAUCACAUCAUCAGGAGGCUUGGUUUGAAGACCCAUUUGCACUGGGAGUUUUUGUGUAGGUGUGAGCGCCUCCUCCUCUCUAUCAUUCCGGAUUCAAGAUUUGUAAGCUAUCUCCCUUCCGUACUAGCUACGGCAACAAUGUUGCAUGUUAUUAAUGAGAUUGAACCAUUUAAUCCGUUGGAAUACCAGAACCAGCUCUUGUGUGUACUUAAAAUCAAUGAGGACACAGUGAAUGAGUGCUAUAAGCUCAUGCUGGAAACAUCUGGCAGCCAUGACUACAUCCAAAAGCAAAGUCACAAACGCAAGCAUAUAAUUAUACCCGGGAGUCCUAAUGGAGUUAUGGAUGUGUCUUUCAGCUCUGAUACCUCUAAUGAUUCAUGGGCUGUGGCAUCAUCAGUCUCAUCUUCACCAGAAGCUCGAUUUAAGAGGAGCAGAGCACAAGAUCAGCAGAUGCGAUUGCCAUCAAUAAAUCGUGUUUCUUUGGAUGUGCUUAGCAGCCCUCGUUAAUCUUUUCUUGUCAUAUUUUCUACUUUCAAAUAUGGUAUUAUAUACAAUCCCCCCCUUUUUCUUUUUUUUUUUUCUUUUUUGCAGUAUCUGUUCUUAACAUGCAAUUAUUCUGUUCCAUGAGUAUUAUUACAUUUGUGUUUAAAAUCAUGAAAAUGAAUCAGAAAACUAUCGACAUUCACCUUCUA